CGCAGCCCGCCGCCUAGAGCAUCGUUCGGAAAACAGUCCACAGACUGUCUCAUGCACUUCUCUGCUGAAGUGCUGAGGUGAGGGACUCGACCCAUCAUCACCCCAUUUUUAACACCUUCUUUUUAGAAUCUUUAACCCACCCACGAAAUUAAUUAAAUUAGUGAGGCCUAAUAAAACGAAGAUCUUUGUCUGGAUAUAAUAUUUAAUCUCUCUCAUACAGUAAAAAAAUUAACAAGCCUUUAGAUGAACUGUCAUCAACGAAUUACUUUAUAUGCUUUUUCUAAAUACAGUACUCGUUUUAAAUGGUGGAACUCUCUGAUUUACAGACGACAUAGGGUCAAAUCUGAUAGCAGUGCUCAGUCUGGUUUUACAAAACGUUUUUAAAAAGUUUUUAAAAAUUUUGAAUUUAGUUUCACAAUCCGAAAAUUGCUCACAUGCAAGCUGGGGUGUACAAUUAUCCUCUAUUUAUGGCACAUUCAAUAUACUGAUACGAAUAAGGACAACAACAGCAACAACAACAACAACAACAACAACAACAAAACAAUAUAGGACGCUAGUGGAUCACUUUGUAUGCAAAUACCCGAUGUUAUUUGGGCGGGAGAAGGAGGGGAUGCUCUCUUGUUGUCACUUGCCACCCAAGACGUGAUUCAGCCUCAACAAUUACCAUUAUCUGUGUCCUAGUUUUCACGACUUGGGCGAAUCGGUAAUGAUGAAGAGGGUUUCCUUCAGUCAUUGUGAAAGUAGCGGCCUAUUCUUAGCCGGGUUCACACCUACCGUCGCUGGGACUUAAGCACUCGAAUCAUUCAGGUGCUUUGUGGCCGAAUGGGGAGGCGGCUACUGUUUAGCAGCGCUAAGUGCUGUUUAUAUAAACAGCGCCACGCCAGUGUACACACUAUCACUUGGAGUCGGAUCAAGCACCAUUCUACUGCUCGUCCUUGGAUAAAGUUGUUUAAGCCAAACAAAUUUAGCUCUGUUAUAUCAUGGCCGUUCCUGCCAGGCUCAGCUUUACCGUGAGGAGUAUUUUGGAUUUACCAGAAAAUGACAGCGAGAGCGCAGCGCAUCUUUUGCCACUCCACUCGCUCUCUAGCUCUCCUUACUCAUCCUGGACAGACAGCGACAGAGGCCACUGCAUGUCUUCAGAUGAGAGCAAUCCGGAGGCGUCCCCUGACUCCACCGGGUCUAAUGAUCCUCCCGCGGAGGCAGAUCAGGAGAAGAAAAAGAAACGGCGUGUCUUGUUCUCCAAGGCCCAGACCUAUGAGCUGGAGAGGCGCUUCCGGCAGCAGCGCUACCUGUCUGCUCAGGAGCGCGAGCAGCUCGCGCACCUCCUCCGCCUCACGCCCACACAGGUCAAGAUCUGGUUCCAGAAUCACAGGUAUAAGAUGAAGCGAGCGCGGGUCGAGUGUGUACAGGAUUUCGGUCCACCUCCGGUGCUGCGCAGGGUCGUGGUGCCAAUUCUAGUGCGAAACGGUAAACCAUAUCAGAGCUGUAUUAGCGAAACUGAAAAGGGAGGCUGCGUGGUUCCGCCAUCGUCUUGUGGGCCUCGAGGGUUCCAACCUUUCCAGCCGUCAACUUUUGCGCUUCUACCGCAGUACCAGCACUUUACAAACCCAACAGCCUCCACACACCAUUUCCUUUGGUGAAACCAUCCACGGUGGACUAAAGGAUGACGCAUGGAUGAACAUACAUGUUUUUAUUUACACGUGUAGUGUACACAGUAAAUGAGUAAAUGCAAUUUGCACAUAUUUUAUUUUGUAUUUAGAAAUAGUUGUGUUUUCUGAUCCGAGGUGAUUUGUGAAUUCUUUGCAACGAUUAUGACACAACUACAGUAUAGUGAAGAGGGCUAAUCUAGGUUUUGUUUUAAACCAAAUGUAAAUAUGGUAGUUAAGAAUUUAAAAAUAUAUAUUAUAUAUAGCCUGGAAAAAAAGGACAUGUUGUAUAGACAACUGGAUAUUUUCCCUCCUCAAAACGGGUUGCAUUAAUUUACAGCCUUAAAACUUCUGGAAGUUGAUGUUCCUUUUGCCUCAACAUUGU